AAUCUCGCCCGCGGUACAGAACUGGUGGCGCACUGUCCGUUGGCAUCUUCCAGAAGAUUCCUCUCCUCCCCACGCGCUGCCUCUGCUCCGCUCAUGGCGUCCGCGCCGAGCACCACGGCGCACACCCUCGCGCCCUCUCACCGCACGCCGGUUUCCUCGGCCCCCCGCGGGGCCCGCCUUCCGGCCGCGUUCCGCCUCUCGUGCGCUCAGCCCGGGCCGGCCGGAUGCCGCGCGGCGUCAGGUCGGCUCGCUCGCCCUCGCGCGCGCGUCCGGUGCGGCGCGGCGGCAAGGUUCAUUGGGCAGGGAGAGUUCCCCGCGGAGGUGCUGGAGUCGGAGCUGCCUGUGCUCGUGGACUUCGUCGCCGACUGGUGCGGGCCGUGCCGCCUCAUCGCGCCCGUCGUCGAUUGGGCCUCGGAGGAAUACAAUGAGCGGUUAAAAAUUGUCAAGAUUGAUCAUGAUGCCAAUCCACAGCUGAUUGAAGAAUACAAGGUUUUUGGUCUCCCGACUUUGAUUCUCUUCAAGAAUGGCCAAGAGGUGCCAGGUAGCCGAUAUGAAGGGGCAAUGACAAAAGAUAAGUUCAAGCAAUACCUGGAGCCUCUCUUGACUACAACAGUCGCUUAAGGUCAUUGCCUGCAGCUUGAGCACUGUGGAUGCCAGUGGCAUUGGCUUACCCUACGUAUUGGGAAUGUUGAAGAAUUUUUCCUUACAUGAGCGUCAUUUUUAGUUUGUAAUUAACUACGCUGCGUUAUCAUGUUUGACUGUAUGAUUGUCCUUUUUGCUUAUAUUCGGUACAGUAUACAUGAAGGGUUGUGAUGAGAUAAGCCAACACUAAUUUUAAUACAAGCAAGUUUGUUUUCGAUAA